AUGGGUGAGCACGAUCGCACACGUUACGUUUGUAGCGCGGGACUGAGAGCAUGCGCUGCAGAGCUGUACCGGGGCGACGGAUCGCCGAACAGCCCGCGCUUCAUGCCGCUUCUGUACCCGUCCUUCGAGGGCCUUCCUCCGGCGUACAUCCAUGCGAUGGGCCUCGACAGCCUUCGAGACGACGCCAUCAUAUACGAGAAGGCUCUCAGAGAAGCGGGCGUGCGCACCCAAAUCAAAGUGUUCCCUGGGGUCGGACACGGCUUCUGGGCCGCCUUUCCGGACAUUGGUGCUGCUGAGCGGGUGAGGAGGGACAUCGCGUACGGUUUGGGGUGGCUUCUUGGACGCGGCGAGGCCUGA